GAGUUCUAAUUACAGCCCGGAGGUCUGAAAGACAGCCCAGUAUACUUAUAAUAGUGCUUAGUGCUGACAUUAUAAACAACAAAACAUACUAUACAUAAUAUUUUGAAUUGACUGUUGUGAUUGUGGUUUAACAUUAAAGUCUAGUUAAGACAAGAAUUGAUGAGCAAUGUAGAAAAGACAAAUAUAGAAAACAAAUAUGUUAAUUCAAGUAAUAUAGUUACAAAAUUAAAAUGAAAAAUUUUCAGAUGAAGAAAAAGGACAUCAUCAUCUUCAUUGAAAAUACUUAUUUAACUAUAAACCUCUAUAAAUAGAAAUUUGUAGUCAUGUUACACCAGGAAAAAAUAUUCUCAUUGAAAUGAAUGGCACAGAAAACACUUUAGUUAACCCAAAGUCCAAAUCAUUAUAUUUUUUACAACAAUGCCGCUUCUGGAUUCCAAAUGUGGUAGCACCAAUUAUUUUCAUCAUUGGUUUGUUCGGAAAUGUCAUGACUAUAAUUGUUUUAACUAGAAAGAGAAUGUCUGGUUCAACAAAUACAUACCUAACAGCACUCGCUGUAUCAGAUCUAUUGUAUUUAAUAUUUUAUAUGACACUGAGCUUAGAACAUCACAUGAGUGAUACAAAGUAUAUAUUAUAUUGGAAAUAUUGGAGGUUUGCAGUGUGGUUUGCAGAUGCUACAGUUGCUAUAUCAACUUGGCUGACUGUAUCAUUUACAUUGGAGAGAUAUAUAGCAGUAUGCCAUCCGUUAAAAGGAAAAGUUGUUUGUACAGAAGCAAGAGCAAGAAAAGUUAUCGGUUUUGUAGUAAUGUUUUGCUUAAUAUCAACUGUUACUACUCCAUUUGAAUGGAAUACACAAAUAAACAUAAAUCCAGAAACAAAUAAAACAACUGUUAUCCAGUACUCAUCUUUGGGAAAAAAUAAAACUUAUAAAACAAUAUUUUACUGGUUCUCAGGUAUAACAUUUGUGUUUAUUCCAUUGAUACUUCUGGGAACAUUAAACUAUUUACUUAUAAAUGCAGUAAGAAUAAGUCAACAGAAAAGAAAGAACUUAACAGAGGGAAAUUCAAGGAAGAAUUAUAAAGAAAAACAAGAGAACAAAAUUACAACAGCUCUGGUAGCAGUUGUAUUCUUAUUUCUAUUUUGUCAAGGACCUUCUGCUAUUACAUUAAUAUUAUCUAUAUUUUACAAUCCAGAAGAAGGUACAGAUGGUUACAAUAUAGUGCAUGGCGUCGGAAACAUAUUUAAUUUACUACUUGCUGUUAAUGCAGCUUUUAAUUUUUUAUUAUACUGUGCUAUGAGUGAUAAAUAUAGACAAACGAUGUACAGGACUUUUUGCCCAUCCUUGGCCAUUAAUCAUCAGAGAGCAAAUACAUUUUCAUCCAAUGCAAGCUAUCGUUCUUCAAUGCACAGAUAGCAUAUACUAAAAAAUGUAAUUAUUGUCUACUUUAUAUUUAAUAAUUUGAUAAAUCGAUUCAUUGUAGUUAUUUGUAUAUAAAGGACAUUUUAUAAGUUAGUAGAAUAAAUAUAUGUAAAUGCUAUUUAAAAACAGUAUUUAUUUGUAAAUUUUGUAAUAAAGUUUCAAUAAUAAUAAUGUUUUUUGCAAUAAUUAGAAAAUGAAGAAAUCACAACUCCCCUAAUCUGUAAUUUACCACACUGUAGUUAUUCUUCAAGGCCGUUUAGACGAUGCGACAAGUUGGAUAGGGAGGUAGGAAGUCGGGUCAUAUAAACAGCUCUUACCGACCUGACUUGCAGGUAGGUUGGAAUUUCCUUCUGACAUAUAUACAAUGUCCUUCUUACUUUUUAAAUACAAUGUGCUUUUCCCCACCUUUUCUCACCAUUGUUAUGUUCAUUUUUUUUUAUUAUGAACAAACAUAAAUUAUAUGUGUAUACAAUGGAUAGAGUUUACAAUGCUCAAAGGAUGGAAGGU